AUGGAGGAGACUUCGAACGAUUUCAACAUUUUCAACGCGAACCCGUCCAAUUCGAGCAAUAAAGAAGUCAUGGAUAACUCAGAAGAUACACAACCGACAGUGAGUUUUGACCCGGAAUCAAUGUAUUACAAUAUGUCCGGAGAUAAAUACUUGAUUAUCUUCAAUCAUUACACCUUCAAGAAAACCAAAUACUUUCAAUAUAAACAGCCCUCGACAAGAAACGGUACAUUUGAAGAUGUCAAAAGUUUAAAGGAUUUAUUCGAAGGUCUAUCUUACAAUGUUACAACUUACACCGAUCUUGUCUAUGAAGAUAUUUUAAAUAGAGUUGCUGAAUUUUGCAAGCGCGAUCAUAGCAAGACCUCAUGUGUUAUUGUGACGAUCCUGACACAUGGCGAUAGCGGCGAAGUAUUCGCUGCCGACCAACCAUACAAGAUCAGCGACCUCACUAAUAUGAUUGAGAAUGCUCAUCACACGCUAGUCGGCAAGCCUAAGAUCUUUUUUGUUCAGGCAUGCCGUGGUCCCUUUAUGGAUGAGGGCAGAACAGUGGUGCUGGAUGGUGAAAGCAGGGGCGUCUUACGCCUUCCAACGCAUUCGGACUUCCUCUUCUUACAUUCUUCUGUUGACGAGCUUGUGACUCGUGUUCCAGUGCUUAGUACAAUUUCGAGAUUAUUUGCUGUAUUUUCAUUUAAAAAACUCAGAAAAAGAAGAGGUUAUCUUUCCUACCGUGAUUCAAGAGGAUCGUGGCUAAUCCAGACACUGUGCGAAAUCAUUAGAAAGAAUCACAAGGAAAUCGAUCUACUGCAUAUGAUCACGAUGGUGAACAAAAGCAUUGCAUAUGCGAAGAGUACGUACACGCCCAAAUGUCAGGAGACCAACAAUAAAAAGCAGAUGACCGAAACUAGGUUUACUUUAACUAAGUUAUUUAUGUUUGAAAAGUAG